AAGAUAGAUUGCUAUAAGCAGCCUUGGGCCUUACCCAAGUGGACUUAAUCCAAGCAUUAUGGCCUCGCGUUUUUUUCUCUUCUUCCUUGUAUCAUUCAUUUCUCUUUCUUCAUCUUCUUUUGCAUUAAUUGAUGUUGAGGCUGCUUCCAUUGCUCGUCGCCAGCUUUUGGUUGACAAUGGCGAGUAUGAUCAGAUGACCAUUAACAUGAAAUUCGCGAAUGCCAGGUUGAAGAAAGCUUAUAUUGCUCUUCAGGCAUGGAAGAAAGCUAUUUACUCCGACCCAACAAACUUCACGGCUAACUGGGAAGGUCCUAGUGUUUGUGCCUAUAAUGGUGUCUUUUGUGACAAUGCUCUCGACGAUCCCAAUAUCUCUGUUGUUGCUGGCAUUGAUCUUAACCAUGCAGACAUAGCUGGACACCUCCCCGUCGAGCUUGGCCUUUUAUCUGAUGUUAGUCUUAUCCACAUUAAUUCUAAUCGGUUUUGUGGAAUCAUUCCUAAGAGCAUUAAAAAUCUUACGCUUUUAGAUGAGAUUGAUUUCAGCAACAAUCGUUUCGUAGGGCCAUUCCCAGACGUUGUGCUGGAAUUACCUAACCUUAAAUAUCUUGAUCUUAGGUUCAAUAAUUUUGAAGGUCUAGUGCCCCCUGCCUUAUUUGAAAAGAAUCUUGAUGCCAUAUUUCUUAACAAUAACCGAUUCCAUUCUACCAUCCCUGAAAACCUGGGCAAUUCCAAUGCUUCUGUGGUGGUAUUGGCGAAUAACAAAUUCUUUGGUUGCAUCCCAAGCAGCAUUGGCAAAAUGAGUAACACAUUAGAUGAGCUUGUUUUCACCAACAAUGAUCUUUCUGGUUGUUUACCUGAAGAAAUUACUAAGCUCACGAGCCUAACGACGUUAGACAUUAGCGGAAACAAGUUCGUUGGAUCCUUACCAAAGGAUUUGAAGUACAUGCAGAAAGUUGAAGUCUUUGACAUUGCAUCCAAUAAAUUCAUGGGAAAUGUUCCAGAAAACCUUUGUACUUUGCCCAAGUUGGCCAAUUUGACAUUCUCCAACAACUAUUUUGAGAGCUUGGACCAAAAAUGUACGCCGUCGCACUCCCAUGAUCUGGAAAUAGAAGGUAAGGAAAAUUGUUUGCAGGAACAACCAGAUCAAAGGACGGAGAAGGAAUGUUUACCAGUUCUGAGCAAUCCUGUUGAUUGUAGUAAAGGUCAUUGUGGAUUUUCACCACAAGGGCAAAGUCCAAAGGAUCCACCCAAAGAAAAUACCCCUUCAACGCCCAAAAAAUCUCCACCAAAACCUGCGAGUCCAAAACCAAAGCCACCUCCUCUACCUACACCAACCCCAUCACCACCAGUGGCCUCACCUCCCCCACCACCACCCGUAGCCUCGCCACCACCACCUCCACCUCCAGUCCACUCACCACCUCCACCUCCAGUCCACUCACCUCCACCCCCGGUGGCUUCACCACCACCUCCAGCUCGAUCUCCACCGCCUCCGGUAGCGUCACCACCACCACCAGUGGCCUCACCUCCACCUCCCGUCCACUCACCACCGCCUCCAGUAGCGUCACCUCCACCUCCCGUCCACUCACCACCACCACCACCACCACCACCAGUGGCUUCACCACCGCCUCCGGUAGCAUCACCUCCACCUCCUGUUCACUCACCACCGCCACCAGUGGCCUCACCUCCACCUCCCGUUCACUCACCACCACCGCCGGUAGCAUCACCUCCACCUCCUCCAGUAUUCUCUCCACCACCACCUAUCCACUCACCACCCCCACCUGUAGCCUCACCUCCACCUCCACCAACUUUUGAGGAUGUUGCUCUUCCUCCAUCAUUGGGCUCGCUAUAUGCAUCACCACCGCCACCAAUUUUCCAAGGUUAUUAAGGGGGUCCACCAUUCUUAUUUUCAGACGAUAACUAGUUCAAAGAAUAUGUACAAAUCAAUCUGUAAACAUAUAUAAUCAUUGAAAAGUUCGUUUACAUUGUCAAUUUUAACGAUUCAUUGAGCUUUGUACGCUGUACACCAGAAAAUAUUGGAAUUUUUUUCUUGGAUGUGCUGAUUCAACAAAACAUUAUGCAAUUUCAACAUA